CGCCAUGUGACGUCAUUUCCACCUGCCCCAUUAGCCGCGGUUUCCUUUGUUAGGACAAGUACAAAAGCUUGGGCACGCAUUUCCAGCUCCACUCUCCUGCACGCGCUGUUUGAGAUCUCUGCAGAAGUCCAGUAAGCCGUGAGCGACAUGGAUGCUAAUAACAGCAACGCUAAGCGUAAGAACAGCGUCGGAGACGGUAAAUAUCUGCCGGAGUUACUGGCGGAAAAAGACAGCCUGGACUCUUCAUUCACGCACGCCAUGAAGCUCCUCUCUGCAGAGAUUGAAAGGGUUCAGAAAGGUGAGCCUAAGAAAGAGUCCGAGACAUAUCUGGAUCUGUUAACCGCCAAGAACGUGAGGGUGAAGGAGAGGGUGCUCAUUCCUGUGAAGCAAUACCCUCGGUUCAAUUUUGUGGGAAAGAUUCUGGGGCCGCAGGGCAGCACCAUCAAACGUCUGCAGGAGGACACCGGCGCGAAGAUCUCAGUGCUGGGCAAAGGAUCCAUGAGAGAUAAGAACAAGGAAGAGGAGCUGAGGAAGGGUGGCGAUCCGAAGUAUGCACACUUGGCCAUGGAGCUGCAUGUGCACAUCGAGGUUUUUGCUCCAAUUCCUGAUUGUUAUCUGCGUAUGGCUCAUGCCAUGGAUGAGGUCAAGAAGUUCCUAAUGCCUGUGGAAGGGUUUGAGGAGAUGCACCCGGAUGCAUUCAUGGAUCCAGGGUUUCUGAACGGCUCUCAGGAUAUUCAUGGCCCUGGCAGAGGUCUCCCUCCUGGUCGAGGCCGUGGUGGCCCACCACCCCCAAUGGGACCUAGGGGUCGUGGUAUGCCGCCUCGUGGAGCACCACGUGGCGGAGCACCAAGAGGAGGUCCAGGGCGUGGAGCUGCAGCGAGGGGAGCCCCCGCUGGAAGAGGUGGCCCUCCAUCCCAAACACCAGCCAGAGGAGGCACAGCCGCUCGCUCAAGACCACCAGCCUCGACUCAGAGGAUGACACCAGCAUCCGCUCUCUCCCACCAACAGCACCCAGCCAAACCUGAAACCUAUGGCGAAUAUGCAUAUGAAGAACCAUACGCAGAGCCUUCCUAUGAAGGGUAUGAGAGCUACUACAGUCAGCCUGCUCCACAGCAAGACACAGAGUAUUAUGAUUACGGUCACGGAGAGGCACAAGAAACUUACGAGUCUUACACUGAAGAUAACUGGGAGGGCGGAGCUUGGGGUGGUGCCGGUGGAAAGGCUCAGGCUGCCCGACAGGGCAAAGCGUAUCGGGAGCAUCCAUACGGCAGAUACUGAGAGCUGUCCGUCACUACGGUUGCCUGGCAACAUCCUCCCCUCCUAACCUCUUGUAACCACCUAAAGUAAUUCUAGUUGUUAUUUUUGUCUUCUGUUUUGGUUAAGACUUCUUUUUAAUAUUCUGAAUCUACUCUUUAAGUAGGGCGAUGACCAUAAGUUCGAUGUGACAUUUUACAUUUGCGAUUUAUAUGCUGUGCUUAUUCUCUUUGCAUUUGUUUUUUAGUUUUGCUGUUUUUGUUCAUUUAUUUUAAUGCUUAAGUGUUUCUUCUCUGAAAAAGUUGAUACCUGAAUGCUAGAUAAUUAGCUGAUGGUCAUGUGUAAAAU